AUGGCGGCUUCAAUGAUCGAUACGAGCGGCGCGACUGGCACAGCGGGGGCCGCGCAGACAUUUCGCGUCCUGGUCUUGCCGGGCGAUCAUGUCGGGCCAGAAGUGAUGGCUGAGGCACUUCGGGUAUUGGAGGUCGUUCAGGAGCGUUCGCAGGGCAAGGUCAAGUUCGAGUACAACCACCAGAUUGCUGGCGGUUGCAGUAUCGACAAGCAUGGCACGCCUAUCACAGAUGAGGUGUUGAAGAUUGCGAAGGAAGAGAGCGAUGCGGUGCUCUUUGGCAGUGUGGGCGGUCCAGAAUGGGGUACGGCAUACCCGAACCCAGAAUCGGGUUUGCUUCGACUGCGACGACAUCUAGAUGCAUUUGCGAAUAUUCGACCAUGCACGUUCUAUUCAAAGUCUUUGAUUCCACUGUCACCCUUAAAGCAGUCAGUCGCCGAAGGGACGAACUUCAUCAUUCUGCGAGAAAAUUGCGGCGGUGCUUACUUUGGGGAGAAGGUGGAGCAAGCCGACUACGCGAGCGACUCGUGGGCUUACGGCCGCGAGGAGAUCUCGAGAGCUUCUCGCGUCGCGGCUGCGCUCGCUGAGAAGAUGGGCAAGGACGGUCUCGGCACGGGGAAAUGUCCAGAAGGCCCGGCCACGGUGUGGUCCAGCGACAAGGCGAAUGUGUUAGCGAGUGGCCGUCUUUGGAGGAAAGUCACUUCGGAAGUCUUCGCGAAGGAGUUCCCCCACAUUGAACUCAAGCACCAGUUGGCAGAUUCACUGUCGAUGCUUAUGUGCAAGAACCCUCGAAUGUUCAACGGGGUCGUCCACACAGAUAACACCUUUGGUGAUAUGCUGUCCGACCAAGCGGGAGGGGUGGUCGGCACACUAGGAGUUCUUCCAAGUGCUUCACUGUGCGGCAUCCCAGACGGGAGUAAGUGCAACGGCAUCUACGAGCCCACGCACGGCUCGGCGCCGGACAUCUCAGGCAAAGGAAUCGUCAAUCCUGUCGCACAGAUCCUCUCCGCUGCAAUGAUGUUGAGAUACAGCUUCAACAUGGGCGAGGAAGCGCUCGCCAUCGAGCAAGCCGUGGAGAAGGUCCUAGACGGGAAGGACAUCGGCGGAUUGGAGAUUCGCACAGGUGACCUCGGAGGCAAGGCCACCACCAAGGAAGUCGGAGAUGCCAUUGUCGAUGUUCUCAGACAGAUCUUGAGCGGACAUCUGAGCUCGGUCCGGAGCCCGGACCCGUCCAGCAAGGAACUGUCCAGCCGUGCGAAAGAGCACGCCGCCCAUGGUGACGAGAAUAAGAAGUGGGAGCAUAGGUUGAAGAAGGAUCAUGUCCACACUGGGCCCGCUGAUGCUUUGAUACAGCCUUGA